AGAUCGAUAUUGGAACCAGUCCUCAUGUCCCGAAACCUUGCUUUGUACUAUUCUCCAAACGAAAAAUUCAACCUUUAUGUACCUCAAGUUCCAAGCACAAGGACAUGAAAAGGCAGACAACCGUCAUCACACGAUUGAGGGAGGUAUUGAGGCUUCCGCAUUCAAUGCAAGGACUGGCGAGAUCACUAUCGAGCAAAUCAUCGUUGCCAGAUUUAGUGCAUUCGGCGAUUUCAACCUCCAGUAGUGGUGACUCGCUGUCAACGUCUUCGUCGAGCUUGUCAGUAAAGGAAGAAGUCCCAAAAUUGAAAAGUGUACUGAAGAAAUCAGGCAAAUCAGAGCCCGAUUUACGCAAAUGCUCCACUUUUUCUCGCAAACGCAAUGCUUCCUUCCGAUCUGCUCGUCUCCAUCACGUCCAGUUCAACAAGUCCCCCUCUAUUCAUAGCACUUACAGCAAAUUCCAGUACGAUCGCCAAACGGAUCAGUCGGCUACUUGUUUGAACCUCUCCUUGGACGUGGCUGGAGCAAUCAAAGAUGAGUUGAACAACUACAAGAAGACGGAGAUGCAAGUGCAUGAAGACAGCCGCAUACACACUCACUUUUUCGAAUAGUGAACCAGCCCCAGAACCAUUUUUCUUAUUAUUAGCAUACUUUAUAUCCUUCCCGUUACUCUGAAGAAUAAAGAUAGAUGUGGAUGGGCAGGCGUUGAUCGGGUGAUC